CGCAGGCACGCAACCUUUGACAUGGUCUGAAACCAUUCAACCUCUUCAUCAUCAAAUCGAAUCGUACCCGUCGCCAAAUUCUCUCUACACUCUUCUGAUUUUUCUUCUUCCGUCUCCGUCACGGUGGUCGACAGUCGAAACCCUAAUCUCUAAAUGCAAUUCCGAUCCCGAAAUUCGCCUGCUACCUCGAUCUCCUGUUUGGGGGCCUUUGUUCUCUGAUAUUUCAUGACUCACUUUGUGGCAGGACUUUAGUGGUCUCCUAUUUCGUCUCCCCAUGGAGGGCUCUGCGGUUGAGGAUCUCGGAGCACCGGAGUCAUGGGAGGUCGCGAAUUUGGACGAGGCAAUGAGCCGAUUGAUGCUCCCCUCUUCGUCUCCUACGAAGAAUUCCAAAUCAUUGGAUAACUCUUUUGACGGUGCUGCUCCAGCUUCUCAUUUUUCAUCCGCUUCAUUUCCCUCUCUUCCCUCCUCGGCUUCUUCUACCAUCGAGAGGGUUCCCGAGGAUGUUGUCAAUCAGGUUGAUCAGUUCCUUCUCGAGGCUUUGCAUAACCCUCGCGAGCGUCUAUCAAUUUUGCGCAUGGAGCAAGAUGUUGAGAAAUUUAUCCGGGAUCCUGCUCGACAACAACUAGAGUUCCAGCAGUUGCCUACUUCAUAUUUACGGCUAGCUGCCCAUCGGGUGGCCCAACAUUAUUCACUGCAGUCCAUGGUUCUAUUGGACAAUAGUUUACCUGAUGGAUCUGGUUCCAAAAUUAUUGUUAGUAAGACUUCUGAAUGCCGUCUUCCAGCUAUCCGCCUUGCAGAUAUUCCCGUAAAUCUUCCAACGGAGGAAAAUAGUACCAUGAAGGUUGCUAUCAAACAGAGGCCACAGAAACGGUCUCAAGUAGCUAAAGAUGCCGGUGCCAAUUCAUCGAAAACAAGUGGCUCCAAAAGUGUGGAAGAAAGGAAGGAGGAGUAUAAUAAAGCUCGUGCUCGUAUAUUCAAUUGCAGCAGUAAUUCAGGUAGUCAUGCAGGUGUGAAAGUAGAUGCCGAUCCUAGACUACAGGAUAGUUAUCGUGGUUCCUUGGGUGCUGCAAAGGUUGAGGAGAAGAUGAUUUCAGGAGUUCCUGAUACAAAUUUUAGUAGGGGCUUGAUUGACUGUUCUACGAGUAGCAGUAGAAUAAGUAGAAGUAGGACUGACAAGGAGCUUCCUAUAAGGCAGGUGCACAAACCAAAUAGUAGGGUAGCCAUUUUUAGAGAUCGUGAGAUCGAUAUCAAGGAUCCUGAUUAUGACAGGAGCUAUGAUAGGUAUAUGCAGAGAUUCGACCCUGGGUUUGGCUUCAGUGGCGGCCCAUACACAGUGCAGCCCAUGUAUGCUCCUGCAGUGAACUACAACACUGAAUUUCCACAACUUGGAUCUGCCCAUAGACAGGCUGUUUCAGAAUGUCAGCCUAGACCACUCCCUUCCCACGUACCUGGGCCAUGGAAUGCCCAAUCAUCUCCUGCAGGUUUGGGGUAUGGUCAUCGAGAAGCAAUGGUUAGACCUUUUAAUCCAAAUGUCGAUGCGCAUUCAUCUUCUGGUGUAUAUCUGCAUUCCUCUCAGUAUCCCGGUCAGCAGUCCGGAAUGCAAUUUAUCCAUCCUCAUGAACAAACUUAUCAACCUUUUACACAGCAAUACCAACAGCAACCAGAUGCAGGUUUUGGUUUAGCACGGCCCCGGUGAGGGGCAUGGGCCAUGCCUGCUCCCUGCCAUCUGGUAGUUAAAAUAUAUCGUGGGCCUUUUCAGUGCACAUUUAUUUACUUGAAAUGGCAGGGGGCAGGCAUAAAGAACUGAUGUGGGCAUAGAAGAAGGAUUUUAUUUUCUGGGACUUGAUAUGCUUCUUCCCACCAUCAGUUUCCUAGGAGCUUCUUGCAUCUCUUAUGGUUGAUGCAGAAACUCAUUGCUUUGGAACUUGCGUUAGUAGGCUGAGCUGAUCAGGUUGCUCUUGCCACUGAUAAUGAUGAAAAGUUAAAUAGAAGAAUCAACAAUCUGCUGGGAAUGUUCCUGCAAGAUCUUCGACGAAGUUCUUCGUUAUUCUGUCGACAUUUUCAGCAUACGGGAGGAUAUGGUUUUUCGUCAUUGCAAAACUAGAGCUGUGCUUGUAAGAAAACCAAAAAUUUAGUGAAAUGAAAUGUCAUGGAAGAAAGAUCAGUGACACAACCCAGAGAAUAUCAAACAUGGGAAAAAUAUUCGGAUCAAGUGAGAUCCGUUGCUGCAGCUCGAGUACCAGUUGGAAAUCUCAGAAUUUCGUCAACAUCGAUUUCUCGUUUUUGCUCUGAACUCUACCAAAUCCUGACAAAGAAGGAUGCGUGGGACGGAAAGCAUGUUUCAUUUCCUGAUCAUCUUUAGCAGUUCGAGCAAAUCUGGGAAUCGGCUACACAUGGGAUCGAGUGGCAAUUUCACCCUUGAUGGGCAGGUAUGAAAUCUUUAGAAACGCAGCCUCGGUCUGCAUCGAGCUUUGAUGAAAAAUGGAGGGUACUCUUUGCGAAUAGCAUCAAGUUCGUACUUCGAAUGUAAGUUGAGGUAUAUGCCUCAACCAGCUUACGGCAUACACCAUAUCUUCAGCUUCUCUUAUCCUGAAGAAUCACUCCUACACCUUUCUAUAUUUUGUUUAAUAUAAUAUUAGACUGAUUGUAUAUGAUAAAUGUUAAUAUAGGUUUUGAACAUUGUUGUGGAGAAGUUGAGACUGUUUGGAAGUUCUCUUCAAUUUUCUUUCUGAUUUUUUGAAAAGAUCA